AGACACAAGCAUCAAGUGUUCUUCCUCUAGUUUCCUCUUGUAUUUUCUUCUUCUCUUUUUCUCCUUUUACUUUAACUAUGGAGGCUGGAAGAUUAGGAUGUUUUGGGAGUUUCAUCCAAAGGUCUAAGCCAUACAUAGCCAUGAUUUCUCUGCAAUUUGGCUAUGCUGGGAUGAACAUCAUCACUAAGGUUUCCCUCAACAGAGGAAUGAGCCAUUAUGUUCUUGUAGUCUACCGCCACGCCUUUGCUACUGCGGUUAUUGCUCCCUUUGCUAUUGUGCUUGAGAGGAAAGUUAGGCCAAAGAUCACAUUCCCAAUUUUCAUGCAAAUAUUUGUGCUGGGUCUUCUUGGGCCUGUGAUUGAUCAAAACUUCUACUACGCCGGACUGAAAUUCACCUCGCCAACCUUCUCCUGUGCCUUGAGUAACAUGUUACCCGCCAUGACGUUUGUCAUGGCGGUUCUUUGCAGGAUGGAGAAAAAAAGAGGGCCUGUCUUUGUCACAGCUUUUAGCCCUCUGAUGAUGAUCAUUGUGGCAAUCAUGGGUUCUUUCAUCCUGGCUGAGAAGAUCUAUCUUGGAGGUGUUCUUGGAGCAAUACUAAUAGUAAUGGGACUAUACUCUGUUCUGUGGGGGAAGCACAAGGAAUCCCAAGAAAAAGAAGCUGAACCAAUACUCCCAGAAGCCAUAAAAGACACGGUAGAAAAUGGCCAAACCAAAGCAAUAACCAUAGCCAACGAUGUCGAAGCUAAUCCUAACACGGCCGCGGUGGUCAUCACUGUUCCAGUGCCGCGGCCGCCAAUGAUUGCCACACAUGCUCUCGAAGCUUAAGCAGGUUUUUUACUAGAAGAAGAGAGAAAAGGAGGGAAAUAAUGGAGGGACGGGCUUUUUGUACUUUUGACCUCAUUUUUUCUUGUUUCCCCUGCGCUCCUUUUGUUAAUCUUCCUUUUAACUUUGUUUUUUUGUUUAAAUGUUAUGAGACUUUGUAUCGCUGUUGUAGCUAAUAUUCUGUUGACGAAAAGGAAAUGAGAACAAUGCAGAACCUUCUUUUUGAUUUCUAAAAUUCUAAUGCAUUUUUUAAUUUAUCAUCUCACUGAAUAAUUGCAUGAAUUUUAU